AUGAUAGCCGAAAAUACAUCAUGGCGUUCACCGAGCGGCGGGACAUGGCAGUUUGAUUCUAAGAUGCUAUCAGUUACAUGGCAUAGUAAAAGUGAAAAUAUUUACUUCAAAGGUGAAAAGGGCGGCGAUCUCACCACACGAGUAUAUUCCUACGUAAAUCUGGGGCUCGGGGAGAGUGAUCAAACGGUGGUGAGUGGAAGUCCUACAGAAACCGAGCUAGCAAAGUCCAUCGAAAGUCUGUUAGCUAGCAAGAAUGAACAUAUGAAUGAUAUUAAUAAAACUAAAGAUAUGCCAACUAACGAGGGAGCUAGCGAGGAUGAGAACACGAGUGAUAUUGAAAAAACCGAAGAUACAUCAACUAAAGAGGGUAAUCCUGUGAAGGCUUCAAAUCGACAUCUUGAUUUCAGUAACAGUAUUGUUCAUGAAGCCCAAAGUUCAAAGGAAGAAACGAACACAAACUUGUCAACAAGUGUAAAUUUGCAUAAAGAACCAAUGAAUUUGCAUACAGUGCCUCAUUUCUAUAUUCCUUUGGGAGACCCGAACAAAAACAAUAAUCCGGAGUUUGAAAUCGGAGCAUUGAAAUUUAAGCUGGAGAGCUUUGCUGAGAACGUCAACAGCAAAUUUCAAGCUCUUACAAAAGAAGUGGCUGACAUUAAAGAAAAUAAAGUUUAUCCAUUAUAA